AUGAAAAACGUUUUCAAGCCACGCAAAGUCAACCCGAAAGAGGCAGUCGAUAUGCAGUACAUCCAAGAUUUCUAUUUUAAAGACUUCAAAUACAUAAGUCCCGAAGUCCUCGCCAAUAAGAGCGUCGGCAAGAAAAGUUUCGGAUUGUUCGCGAAAUUGUGGUUUAGGGAAGUGAUAAAAGGGCUCAAACAAUUCCUUUAUGAAGGCUCUUUGCACGGCGUCAAGUACAUUUUCGAGCCGUCCUUCAGUCACAAGGAACGCGUUGUUUGGAUAGUAAUAAUUGUAAUAAGCAUUACGAUAUGCGCUAUGAACGUCAUACAACUUAUAAGUAAAUGGACUUCGACCCCCUUUGUUAAUGUUAUCGAUUCACUACCAACGCCAAUAUGGGCGAUACCGUUCCCAACUGUGGUAUUAUGCCCGCAUAUACACGUGAAAUUAUCUUUCAAGAAUAUUUCGGAUUUAAAUGACAUGGAGAAAUUUUAUGCAUCCCUUGUAUGCCCUUAUAUGAUGUCACAGAAUAUAUCGACUCCAAUAAGGAUGUCUGUUCUUCAAAAUGAAGAUCUGCAAAAGUUUCUUGUUAUGGGUUCCCCGAGAUGUGAGGAGGUGGUAAAGUUCUGUCAUUGGCGCCCCAAGCACAAUUCAGAUUGGCACGCUACAGAUUGCUGCGAGAAGUUCUUUAAACCGGUCUUUACUCAGUAUGGUCUGUGUUUUGCCUUUAAUGAUAUGCCCUUAGGCGGAAUGACUAAUAGUACACUAGACUGGCAAAAGAGCUUCUACAAAAACGCAUCAGCAGCAUCUCUGUCGUGGGAUUUGGAUGUGGGUUACCCAAACGAAAUUCCACCGGCUAUCGAACCUGUUCCCUACCGAGUGAUGGCGUCUGGUGAAGCGAAUGGAGUUGAUAUGGAGUUGUACUUGAAUAUAAGCGAGCACCAGUACAACUGCGAUGGUCAUUACAGGGGAUUCAAUCUCUUGAUAAGGUCUCCAACAGACCAUGUGUACAGUACAACAAUCCUUCGUCUACCAAUGGACAAGAUGACGACCAUAGAAGUGACACCAACCACCUACAAGACAGACAGUUCACUCAGGACCCUGUCCCCGAAUCUAAGGCAGUGCUUCUUUCAGAAUGAGAGGAAAUUAGAAUUCUUUGAGUUCUACACAGAUAGCAACUGUCAACAGGACCUGUUGAUGCGAGAGACAAUGAAGUAUUGUAAAUGCGCUAUGUUUAAUUGGCCCCGAAAAUCUCUGGCAGAUCCAAUAUGUUCGACUCAUAUAGACUUCGCAUGCAUAAAGAAAGUAAAAGAAUCAGUGGAACUACGUCUCAUAUACGCAUAUUAUAAAGACAGAGAUGAACAGAGCCAUCACGGAGAAUAUUCAUCUUCUUGCUAUCCAUCCUGUAAUGACGUCCUUUACUCAAGCCAAGUGUACUAUUCUGAUCUUGGCGAGGAACCGGCCACUCACUGGAACGAGCCUAGAAAAGGUGAAAGGACCAGGGUAAAUGUGCAUUUCUAUAACGACAUGUUUCUUGGUCAACAUCGGCAUGCACAAUAUGACGAAUAUUAUUUCGCAGGUGCUAUUGGUGGUCUCUUCAGCCUAUUUUUAGGGUUCAGCAUUAUUAGUGUGGCCGAAAUUGUGUACUUUGUGCUUCUUAAACCUAUUUAUGUUGCGUUGAAACAUACCUUAUUUGUAACUCAACCCACUUAUUAA